AGUGUGGUGAAUAAGUGAAUGCGAUUUUUCUGAAGCAUAAGUGACGGGCGUGGCAUACAGCCGUAAGUGACGCUAAUGUGACAGUCGUUGGCAUGACUUGGCACCCACCUGUUCACAAUUACAAGCCCUCUGCCACAAUCAAGUGGUGAGCGGUAUCCCGCUUUGCGCCGGAAGUGAAGACACCUCAGAGAUGAUGGCUCACCAGCGUCUGCAGGAGCUAGACGAGGACUGGAGGAGUGACGGCAGGCCCAGCCUGACCUCGGAGACAGACAUGCUGACCGCGGACGCCGACGGCGCCGAGCUGACCUCGGCAGUAGACUGGAUAUCUCAGAAGGGACGCUCCGCCCCGACCUCGCGGGGAGGGGGACCCGAGAGUCGCGCCUCAUCCACCAGAAAUCGACACGCGUCCGGGCUGUCGACCGGCAUGCAGUCGCGACUGGGCAGUCUGCGGCGAGGAGUGGCCUCUGUUCGACGAAGAGUGGGCCACCUAAGAGCAGGCACCAUGGCUGGCGAGGGCGUUUGCUGGUGUCUCGUCCGAAUCCUUUUACCAUUGGGCUUCAUCAUUGGCUGCAGUCUCCAGUUUGACGUCAUCUCACUGGUGUAUCUGGCGCUACUGCUGGCCUGUCCGGUGGUGCCGGCUCCGACCCGGCGCUCCUGGCAGGGUCCUUUAGGCAUCUACCUGAAGAUAUGUCUGGCGCUCACGCUGUUGGCCAUUCUGCCUCUGGUGUGCUUCCAAAUAGCGCUGUUCGCCAUGCCACCAUACGGACACAUACUACAGUUCUGCGACCCCCCUGAGCCGCUGCUACGUCAGCUGGGCCUCAUACGACUGGACGAGGUCUCCAUCCUGGCCGGCGUGUUCUACUUCGCCGCCAAGCUGGUGCCGUUCGUCAUUACGCUGGUCGCCUUCAGGGAGUGUCGUGACCUGUCGCGUGACGCGGGUGUACCCGAGACGAACGCGAUCGGGGGCGGCACCUCUCCCCUUAUCCAGAACACCCGGGAACAGCUACAAAAGGACGGGCUCAAAUACUGCUUCGUGACGGCGCUGACGUUCCUGGCGCUGGCCGGCGCCGCCGUUAUCCGUCCCUCGGUGACGUCGGCCGUCUACCUGCUGACGCUGAUGGCGGCCAUGACGUGGUGGGCGUGUCUGCGGCCGCUGGGCCGGCCGUUCGGCGUCAUCUGCCGCCUGCUGAUGGCGUACACAGCGCUGCACGUGACGGCCCUGUAUGUGUACCAGUUCCAGUGGCCGCAGCAGUACUUUGACCACACCAGCCUGGCGGCCAGACUGGCUGGUCUGGUGCAGAUCAAAGUAGCCAACUGCACGGGCGAUCCGCGGGACACUGUGUUCGCCGACACCACGUGGGACGUCUACAUCUACCCGCUGGUCAUCUACGCACUCUACUACAUGCUCGCCUUCGAGUCGCGCAUUCUGGGAAAUCUAAGGAUCGCGGGCCAGGGCACCGCGCCGCGAGCCGUGACGUCAUCCCACGACCGAACGCCCCUGGUGGAGGCCGACAGUCUCGGAGCGCGCUAUCAGGCCGUCGGCGAUGGCUCCUGUCCAGAUGACGCUACUGAGGAGCCGGCUGAGACUCGGCUCCGACGGGAGCGCUGGCAGAAAUUCUCCGCCACCGUGUACACCGUGUGGCGCAGCCUGGCCCGCGCCUCCUUCCUCGCCACCUAUGUGGUCAUGAUGUACUGGUCGAUCAAGUACCACAGCUACCUGACGUUCGUGUUCCUGCUGUGGGCGCUGGUCGUGGCCGUGAUCAAGAACCAGCGGAAGGUGAUGCACCGCUCCUCGCCGUUCCUGGUGACGUACGCCCAGCUGCUGGUGCUGCUGCAGUUCGUCUACUGCCUCGACCUUACCGACCAGGAGCUGCCCGUCAAAAUCAACAACUUCGACCUGCGAGACGUGGUCUACAAGCCGGCAUCCUUCCCCUGCGAGACGCUGUCUCUGCAGCUGGUGUUUACCACUAUCUUCUGGCUCACGCUGCGGCAGUACCUUCAGGAAGAGCGGGAGCGUCACAACGACCUCCACCUGACUCCCAGACGUCGUCUCUCGCUGGACGACGGCCUCCUGAAGCGCUGGGGCGUCGUCCUCUUCAAGGGCAUCGUCCGGCUCUGGAUCGUCGUGGUCGCCAUCAUGCUCUUUGUCUACGGCAUCGGCGAGGAGCGCGUCGUCAUCAUACAGAUCUUCUACAUGGCCUUCUUCCUCUUCUUCAUAUCCAUGUUCCAGAUAUCGUUCCGGGUGUGGCGCCGCCUUCUGUACGGGUUCACGAUGACGCUCAUCCUGUACCAGAUGCUAGUGCUCGUCACCAUUUACCUCUAUCAGUUCAAACACAUUCACGAGUGGAUCACCGACUUGGGCAUAUCGCAGCAGUGGCAGCGCGACCUGGGCCUGGAGGUGUACCAGACGGGGAGAUUGUUUAUCAAGCUACUGUUCCCGACGCUGUUCAUGAUUGUGUGCGUGGUCUACAUUCAACACAUCCACAAGGACUUCAUGGCUCUCACCGACGAGGAACGCUACCACAGACGCCCGGAGCCGGCCGGCGCGCCCGCCUCCCAGCCCGCCUCAGCCGCCGCCUCUCCCGCCGGCUCGCCGACCGGAGAGCCGCCCGACUCUCCCUCGCCGGUGCCCGUGUUCAGUCCCUCAGCGGACACCAUCAACAACACUGUGGACACCGUGGACACGGCGGACACCGCGGACACGGACCGGACAGCGGACACGGUGCAGCUGGCGGGCGCGGCGCCCGUGGCAGAGCCGGAGGAGGAGGAGAUGGGCGUGCUGCCCGGAGGACUGCUCGAGGUGCCCACCACCGAGCACGGCCCGGCACUGGACGAGACCAGCAGCCUCAGAGAGAUGAAAGGCUGGUUGUUCCACUACUGCGCCCGGGCCUGGAACCUGGCCGUGGCGCUGCUGGACAAGCUGCUCUGGGUGUUCUGCCGGCUGAUGGAGAUCCACGGCAUGAAGGUCAACAUGUUCGCCAUCACCAUGGUCACCGUCUUUGAUGUGUGCGCGGUCCACUUCUGCCUGCUGCUGCUGGUGUGCGUGGCCCUGCUGCUGGAGAGCCGCGGUCAGAAGGUGUGCUGUGACCUGGCCAUCUGCUGGGUCAGUCUGCUGCUGCUGCUGCGCAUGAUCUACCAGAUGGACGUCAUCCCAGGGGACCUGUGGACUGUCAACUGCACGUUCUCGAUGCCCCACCUGGCGCCGGCGAAGGGAGCAGCGGCCCCGGCGGCAGCUCUCCUCCUGAACACCACUCACAACACCACCGUUCACGGCCUGGUGUGGUUCGGUCUGCAGAAGAUGGACAGCCUGCCGCAGUACGUCACCGGAUACAUCGGCGUCAUCCUGGUGCUGACUCUGCACAAGUCGGUGUCGGUGCGCGCCCUGUACCGCUGUCUGCGGGACGGACACGCCCCCACCGAGGGAGUGUUCUUUGCCGGUGUGGGCCGCGCCCACUCGGACCGGGGCCUCUUCGAGAUGACCAAGUACCUCGUCAACUACUGCUUCUACAAGUUCGGCGUCGAGAUCACUCUGAUCGCUCUGGUGAUCCUGGUCGGCGUGCGGCUGGACGUGGUCUCGGUGCUGUACGCCCUCUGGCUGUGCGGCCUGUUCAGCCUCCGGCGGCCGGCGCUGGCCCGCGUCUGGCCAGUGUUUGUGGUGUUCGCUGCAGUGCUGACCCCGCUACAGUACCUACUGGCGCUCGGACUGCCCGCCGGACUCUGCUACGAGUAUCCGUACGCCUCUGUGAUGAAUCCCGAGCUGAGACAGUGGCUCUACCUCCCGGACUACAAGGACCCGCCGGUGGCGCAAAAACUCGUCGCGGACUUCUUUCUGCUGCUUUUGGCGUGCUGUCAGCGGCGGGUGUUCAGCCGGGAGGAGUGUGAGCAGGUGCGACAGCUGGCCGGCAGCAACCGGCAGAUCGACGAGCAGAAACUCAGCAGCGGAUACGUCAUCGGCGUGCCCGACUACAUCACCAGGAAAGGGACGUACCUGGACGUGCUGAAGCGCGUGGUGUUCUUCUCGUCCUACUGGCUGACGCUGGCCGUCGUCUUCCUGGCGGGUAUCAACCGCAUCACGCUGCUGUCGCUGCUCUACGUGGCCAGCGCCUUCAUCUUCCUCUGGAAGGGCACCGACUACUACCUGCUGCCCUUCAGGGACAUCAGGAAGAGGUGGAUCCUGCUGCUGACCUACUGCGUGGUGGUGAUCACACUGAAGUGCUCCAUCUUCCAAAUCAUGGGCUGCGUCUUCCUGCCGUUCUUCAUUGACCACGCGUGCUGGUUUGUUCAGCUGAUGGGUAUCGGUUGUCUGCAGCGUCUGGAGCCCGGCCUGAGACCCAUCACCGAACCAGCCUCGUCGUCCGAGUGUCCGGUGCCGCACUCGGAGGCGGGCCUGCUCUGGGACGGCAUCGUGUUCGCCUGUCUGCUGCUCCAGCUGCGCUUCUUCUCCAGCCACUACUUCCAGCACCUGGUGCUGGAGACGCGCGCACAGCAGAUGCUGGCCAGCAGCGGGGCGGAGAUGAUUGAGCGGGAGCGAAAGAAGAAGAUCGAGAAGCGGCAGGCCGAGGAGGAAAAGGCGAUGGCCGACAUUCGUCGUAAGAUGGAGCGGAUCAAGGAACAACGCAUUCAGAAACAUCGCCAGAAGUACGACAACCACUACCAAGACCUGGAGCUGGACCUGGAAAGGGAGCUGGAGGAGCCGCCCCCGGAACUGGCGCCGCCCUCGGACGACACCAGCAGGGAAAUAUCGCCCGGACAGCUUCUCCUGUCGGGAAUCAUGAAGGACUUCAGUUCAGCGGCCGAGGACGCGAGGAAGGCCCGCCGACGGUCGGGCGAAGAGCAGCUCUCUGCUCUGGGAGGAGAGAGCAGGGGAGGCGUCCGGCGGCGCGGCACUCUGCAGAGAGCUAAAUCACAUCAAGCUCCCGUUCGACAGGGUUCGCCGCGGGCCCGGCUGACCCGUCUACACAGCGACCCAGCUCCGCGCACCCACUCCCUACCUAUCUCGUCACUGGCGACACUCCAGUCACAGGACUCUCAGGACGACGACGACGCGCCAGUGGCGCCUCACGACGGACGCGACACGAACUACUCGGACAGCAGCGAGGAAGAGGAGGGAGCCGGACAGAAAGCACUGGCCUCUCUGCUUCGCCGCACCAUCCUGGGCCUGAAGUCGGCCGGCAACUUCCUACUCGAGUUCAUGGCCAGCAUUCUGAUCGCGCUCACCGUGAAGCUGAACAACGUGUCGGCGGACUACCGCUACAUCGCCAAGAAGCUGUCCAAGCAGAAGCGGCGGCUCAAGGAGUCGUGGGAGCGCCCCAGCGAGUCAUCCCCGCUGGCCCCGCCCUCUGGUGGUGGGGGCGGGGGCGGCCGGCCGGCUGUGGCGGACCCCGGGGGUGGGGGCGAUACUCCGCUGCUCUACCUGACUCCGGAGGACACCCCGCGACUGACCGAUCCGGCCAGAAAAACCGGCACAGAACCUUUCAGUGACGGCUCAGAGGACGUUGAGGAGGGCGUCAGGCAGUCUGUCUCGGAGGACCUGAGCACGGCCAGCGCGCGCCAGAUCCUCGAGCAGCUGGCCGUGGCCCUCUGGUACGCCGUGGUCAGCCGGUCCGAGAUGGUCGCCUACAUCGUGGUCUUCAUCAACCAGAUGGUGUCUGCGUCGAUCCUGUCGCUGCCACUGCCAAUGAUGGUGUUCUUCUGGGGCAGUCUGUCUGUGCCGCGGCCCAGCAAGACGUUCUGGGUCACCAUGAUCGCCUACACCGAGACAAUCAUCAUCAUCAAGUACAUGUUCCAAUUCGCCUUCUUCCCGUGGAAUCAGGUGGAGAAGCUGAACGCCCCGUUCUGGCCGCCUCGAAUCCUGGGCAUUGAGCGGAAAGACCAGUAUGCCGUCUAUGACCUAGUUCUACUGCUCAUCAUUUUCUUCCAUAGGGUGGUGAUGAAGACACUCGGCCUGUGGAAGGACGUGGAUGAUGUCGCUGAGCUGGAGACCCCGCCGGUGGUCCCGCCUGCCGACCACCUGGGCGCCACGCGACUCACCGUGGCUGAACGCAGCCGGGCCGUGGCGCGCAAGGCCAAGGGGGAACUCAUGGAGGGCUUCAAGUUUUACGUGUCUGCUGUGGGCGAGUUUUUCAAGUCCCUCCUCUCCAACUCUGGCAAAGAGAAGGUGGAUGUAUACGCCUACAUGUUCAUCUGCGACUUCAUCAACAUAUUCGUGGUGUUCCUCGGCUUCUCGUCGUUUGGCCCGCCGCAGGGAGGCAGCGGCGACGACAUCUCGUCGGUGGUGGAGGAGAACCGGGUGCCCAUCCCCUUCCUCAUCAUCCUGUCGCUCAACUUCCUUCUGAUCCUGGUCGACCGGGCGCUGUAUCUGAGGAAGACGGCCCUGUGGAAGCUCGUGUUCCAGUAUGUGCUGGUCGUGGUCGUACACGGGUGGCUGUUCUUCGUCCUGCCGGCGAUGACAGACAGGGAGUUUGACCAGGCGGUGGCACCUCGUGUCUGGUACAUGAUCAAGUGCAUCUACCUGCUGUUCUCGGCGUACCAGAUUCGCUCCGGCUACCCCACCCGAAUACUGGGCAACUUUCUCACCAAGCAGUACACGUUCUUCAACAAAAUGGCCUUCAGAGGAUUCAUGCUCAUUCCGUUCCUGUACGAACUGCGCGCUCUCAUGGACUGGAUGUGGACGAAAACCUCUCUGGACAUCUUCAACUGGCUCAAAAUGGAGGACAUCUACGCGCACAUCUUCCUGAUCAAGUGUCAGCGCGUGCAGGAGGGGACGCAGGUGUACGUGAGCGGGGAGCCGCGGCGCACCACCGAGAAAUGCGUGUUCGGCGGCGGCUGGCUGCUGCUGAUCGUGGCUGUUAUAUUCGCUCCGCUGGUACUGUUCGCGCUGAGUAACGCGGUCGGCCUGCCCAACGUGCCGUACGAGGUGACCAUGGAGAUCGGAGUCGGCGCCUACGAGCCCAUCUUCCGGAUGACGGCUGAACAGAACUCGAUCCUGCGCAUCACGGAGAAGGACCUGGACGACAUCAGCUUCCACUACCGCAGCGACCGGCGCGCUCUGGGCUUCCUCGCCGACUACGAUCAUACAGACGUAAACGUCAUUCAGCUGAGCGGCAAGUCGACGGCGGUCUGGGCCAUCUCACCGCCGUCUCAGACUCGUCUCAUCGAGGACCUCAUGGGCAACGACACGGUGACGCUGAAGCUGGCCUGGAAUGUGAAGAGACUCUCCAACUCAGCGGCCGUCUCUACCGACUCACUUGACUCCAGAAAGAUACCGCUGCCGGCCUAUAUAAAGAACAAUGUGCGGAACCCGAUCCGUCAGCAGCUGGCUGCCAUGCUGCGUGGAGACAUACCGGGCGCCAACGUGUCCAUCCCGCACAUGUUCCCAAAGUUCAUCCGAGUCACCAACCAGGGUAAGGCAGGGCUGGCCUCUGAGCUCACGGAGCCCACGCGCUCCGACCCCGACUCGGCCUGGCGCGCCCUGAACCUCACUCUGAUGAGGGACAACGAGACUGAAGUCGAGUGGUGGGAGGUCCAAGAGGACUGCAGGGACAACCUGUACCGGUGGCUGCCCUAUGCCACCUGCAGUCUUCUGGUGAUGGUCAGCUUCAGUCAGCGCUCGUUUCCCAGCACGCUGACCUACAUCACCGGAGCGGGCAUCAUCGGUUCAUACACCACCUUCGUGCUGGUCAUCGGCCGCCUGUGCCGGACCCCGUUCGUUGACAUCUCCUACCAUAUAAUGUUCGACGAACUGCCCUACGUGGAUCGAAUACUGCAGAUAUGCGAGGAUAUAUACUUAGUACGAGAAAGAGGCAACUUGGCACUGGAAGAGGAACUAUUCGCGAAGUUAAUAUUCCUCUACCGGUCGCCUGAGAUGAUGAUAAAGUACACAGAACCUCCGAGAGAAGAUAGUCAUAGCCAAUAAACUCUGUCAUCGUUCGACUGGUGUGAACUACAAACAGUGCUGGUGACAUGACACUUCCUUGCGAGAGUCCUGUUUCUGUUUUGGCUCAGGAUGACUGGUGUGGAGGAUAAUGAUUGAAAAGUGAACCACUAGCCGCGGCUCUGUGCUCGCAUCGGGGCAGUCUGUCAACCCUGGUGCACUGCUCGAAUCGGAAUGAUCUGCCAAAGAUUGCUCUGUCCCGCUAGAGUUUGUCAUGUUUGAGUGGUGAGCCAACCUCGGUGCUCUGCUCGCACUGCGGCGAUCUACCAACCGAAGCGUUCUGCUCGAAUUGAAGCUAUCUGCCAACGGUUGCGCUCGUUUCGACGUGUGGCGAGUGGAAACGGCCCGAAGGCCGGACGACUAGGACGAGCCAACCCCGAGCGCGCCUGUCAGGCCGGUGUGGGCGUGGGCGCUCCCCGGGCGUUGGCAGGUGGGCCGCCGGCUACCGACGGGCGCCUGACUGUUUUACUUGCCAGCCUUAUUUGUGGACGGUUUUUGAGGAGUCUGUACGUUUUGAACGAUCCUGCUGAAAAUGGUAAAGAAGCAGAGGUGACUUCUAGUGGAUGUGUAUAUCGUUGAACGGAAAGUGUAGGACGUAGGUGUACUUUAUAUUGUAAUCGGGGCUGGUACGACAGGUUCGUUCGCAUGACUGUUUACAUAGCUGAACGAAGAGCUUUUUGAACCUAUUUAUGCGCAGGUGUGAGACAGUGUCCUAAGUAAACCUGGUGUAGAAGUAAUAAUCUGAUCGUAAGUGGUUGAAUUGUAAUGACGACAUGUUUGCUAAAAACUAUCAAUCUUGUCGGUGUGGUCGGUCCAGCGCCAAUAAUGAAUCCACGGCGGUUUUAUGUUGUCUUUCAUUGAAUUCCUGCGUUUCGCUGCAUUGUCUGAGUUGCUGAUUUAUGCUAAGCCGUUGCCGAGUGUCGAAUGCUACAGGUCGCUCGAGAGGUCGUUUGAUACGAUUUUGAUGUGCCUACCGAUGUGCUGGCCGGCGGCUGGUGACUGCCAAACUGUGCUGGUGCCACUGCGGACGGCAGACUGUCUUUAGCCGCGCUGCAACACUUCUCCCUCGUCCGCGGCUGCUGUGUGUAGCUGGGCCGUCCGACUUGUGCCACCUGCGCGGGUUUAUCGCGCCUCUGACGGCCACCGCCGCGCACACUGCGUCUCUGGCGGUCCCGUGGUGGCACCUCGGCUCCAUAUUCCGCGGUGGGCUCGUCGUGAGCUCGAACGCACGUGCGCGCGGCGUGUCGAACCCGCGGUGGGCUCGUCGUGAGCUCGAACGCACGUGCGCGCGGCGUGUCGAACCACUGUCGCCGCGGCCCGGAGUGGGGCCGAUUGCAGUUCGUUGCUCCGUACGCACCGGUACGUACGGCUGUCAGUGCGGCGCGUGUCUCAGCGGUGGUGCGAGGGUUCUGCGAACUCACCGCUCCUGUGCGACCUGAUGUGGGCGCGACCUGUGUCAGCGCCGUGUGCAGCUCCAUCAAAUACAAGGAGAUGUUUGAG